GGAACUCAAAUGUUUUACCAAAUGAAUAGUGGUGAUAAAUCGGCUUUUUUUGCAUCAUUGAAAAAUGAACUUUCACAGUUUAUUCCUGUGAAAUUAGAAAGAUUAAAUUUGAUUAAAGGGUUUCAAGUUGCGAAUCGUGGAACAUCUUUUGCUGAACAAGUUCAAUUUUUGCUUACAAUCAGUGAUUCUGAUGACAAUACUGAAAGAA